GCGAGGAAGAACUGGGGAUGUGUUUGAAAAAUGGCGGACGAAGUGGACCAGCAACAAACUACCAAUACUGUAGAAGAGCCUUUGGAUCUCAUCAGGCUCAGUCUUGAUGAGCGAAUAUAUGUGAAAAUGAGGAAUGACAGAGAACUUCGAGGCAGGUUACAUGCUUAUGACCAGCACUUAAACAUGAUUCUGGGUGAUGUCGAAGAGACUGUGACAACAAUAGAGAUUGAUGAAGAGACCUAUGAAGAGAUUUAUAAAUCUACCAAGCGGAAUAUUCCAAUGCUGUUUGUCAGAGGAGAUGGAGUUGUACUCGUGGCUCCUCCCCUGAGGGUUGGCUGAAACAAUGAAAACCUAUCCUUUGCAAAGUGGCAGACCACUGGACACUGGCUUCUGCUGUUCAGACGUGAAGAUUCUGCACUUCUUUUACAGAAGACUACCAGGGUUCAACGUUACGUUGUCAAGACACCAUUUCAUUUUGCAAAAAAAAAAAAAAAAAAGACUUGAGUAUUUACCAGAUUAAUUUAAACCCUUAACAGUCUCUUGAGUCAAAUCAGUGGAUUUAACCUGUAA